UAUAAAACAAAAUAGAGAACGAAAACUGUUUUUGAGAACCUCAGCUUGAGAAGGUAAAGAGAAAAAUAGUACAGAAAAAAAAGGAACAUAUUUUAAGAGAGAGAGAGAGGCUUGGAUAGAUUUAAGAGAGAGAAAGAAGAGAAGGGUGUCGGAGAUCUUGUCAGAUCGGAACCGGAGCUCUAAGCAAAACCUCUCACAUUUUAGCUGUUGGUGUUGAAUUUGCAAUUGUCAUGGGGAGAGAACUUUCUGGUUUACAGUUGGAGAAGGAGCCAAAUGGCAUUUCUCAUGAUAGAGUUCAUGCUGCUCCGACAACAUCGGACGACAGCUCUGAAGCUAAGGAUUAUGAAGUAAAGGAAUGUACUGAAGAGAAUUCGGUGAUUGAGAAACACCACGAGGAGCAAGCGGUUCUAGGUGUUAAAAGCAUAAAUCUUGAUGAGGGCCUGACUGAGGACAAAAAUGAGAAAUCUGCAGCUCAGAAGUCUAGCUCUCCUGCUUCAAAAUCUCCUGUUGGAAAUGGGCGUACAAAGUGCACUGUUCCUCAUCCUUUUGCUCUGGCAACUGAUAAGCGUGGUUCUUGCGCACAUACUGUUGGAACUGAAACUGCAGUGUAUGGUAACAGUGUGCUCUCUCCUAACUCAACAAGGAAUAUACAGCCUAGUUCUCCUUUAACAUCAAGGAAGUUAUGGCAAUCUGAAAACAGGAAGCAUGCUGAUGAAGAAGACAAUUGGUCUGUUGCUUCUUCUACUGCUGCCUCUGUUCGAACACUUAAAUCCAGGGUUACUGUUGGACAAGCUCCAACUUUUCGAUGCUCUCAACGUGCAGAGAAACGAAAGGAGUUUUACACAAAAUUGGAAGAAAAACACCAAGCUAUGGAGGCAGAGAGAAGCCAGUUUGAAGCAAGGACCAGGGAAGAGCAAGAAGAAGCACUCAGGCAGCUUAGGAGGAACUUGGUGAUCAAAGCAAAUCCAGUACCUAAUUUUUACUAUGAGGGUCCUCCACCCAAGGCGGAGCUCAAGAAGCUGCCAUUGACUCGGCCCAAGUCACCCAAGCUGAACAAAACUAACAGGAGAAAGAGCUGUGGCGAUGCAAUUGUUGCAUCACAGGAGGAAAAGGAAAGGUCUGCUCGGAUGCAACGUCACAGCCUUGGUACCGCCUCCUCUGCUACUCCCAAAAGUAAGGGUCCGAUCAGUAGACGGAGCAGUAGCGAGUCCAACGGUACCUGGAAAGUCAAAGACCGAUACAAGCAGGAAAAGGAAGCCACAGCUCCUAAGAUCGCGGACCAGGCAAAUGUAGACAUCGCCGUUCAUUCAUGAACAUGUAGGUUUUUAUCUUCUAAUUCAUGCAAGGAACAAAAAGAAAAAGAAAAAAAAAGCCUUGAAUUUGCUUAGUUAUCUUAUUAUGGAUUCUGAAUGAAAAUAGCUUUAUUUUCACCUGAAAUGACAUUUUCAUGUGGUUUUGUGUUGUGAAUUGUAUAUGUUUUGUAAUCGACAUUGGCACUGGUACAUAUCUUGUCAUAUAUAAGAGAGUCGUCCAUUUUAGUAUGGACCAAAAUGUAUUCAUCUGAUCUUUAUGUUAGGAGAACUUGUUUGCUCACUA